GCUCUGUAGCAUAGUGCAGGUUUUGUUCGAUCCAGUACGAAAACUAUGAUUGAAAUUUUAUAUAAUUUUUAUAAUUUUGGCUGUGUACAAGUCGAUAGAGUCUGGCAAUUAGACCGCCAUUGAAAACGCCCAGUUCGAAUCCUAAAUCACCGGGACCAAAGACCAGAGACCAAGAUGGUGGACUUUGGCUUUGAUAUCAAGCACCUAUUUCCGCAGCCCAUCAUCCGGGUGCAGCCGCACUCGCUGCGUCCCAAGAUCACUCAGCUCCAACACCACCACUGCUCGCUCACCGGGAAUCCGCAACGGCGACACUUGACGUUGCCCAGCUGCCAGCUAAGCCAAAUUCUGGACGUCAUGGGCAAGCUGUCGGCGGAUGCGCAGGGACUACGCCAUCCAGUGACCACAGCCGACAAGCUGACAGCCGACCAGGUGGUCUAUCUGAUGGCAGACGAGGCGGCGGGACACUGGGCCAUUACCGGGCUCCUGAAGGUCGGCACCAAGGACCUCUUCCUUUUCGACCAGGAGGGCUGCUGCCGACGGGCCAAUCAAACGCCAGCCAUUCUCGACUUCUAUGUGCACGAGAGCCGCCAGCGCUGUGGCCAGGGCAAGCUGCUCUUCGAGUGGAUGCUGGAGCAGCAGGGCUGGUCAGCACGCAAGUGCUCCGUGGACCGGCCGUCCAAGAAGCUGCUGGCCUUCAUGGGCAAGCACUACGGCCUGGUACGCACCAUUCCGCAGGGCAACAACUUUGUGCUCUACGAGGGCUUCUUCGACGGUCCCAUCACCAAGUGCAAUACCGUUCGCGAGCUCCAGGCGACCAGCAGGUUUCGCAGCCAAAGUCUGGCACGGGAUCAGACGCAGUUAUCCAUCCGAAAUGGAGCCCAUUCCGGCCACUUCAGACGGGCGAUUGCCAACCAGGAAUCUGAGUUGAAAACUUCGCUGCACGGACGCCGCAGGAAUGAACCACGCACAUUCGCCAGCACGACUUGCAUCCAGGGCUCCAGGGGCAGGAGUUCCGACCACAACUAGACCACCGAUCAUCACUGUCAUCUCAAUUGGAGUUAGCACUCAGUUCGUUCUCAAUCGUAGCACUCAUCGCACAGCAAAUUGAUAGUUUGAGUUAAAAAUUUAUAAAAGUUAUAAUCUGUUUAUUUUACACUGUCUGAA